GAAGUAGCUAGUGAGUUAGCAGCGGAUAAUGAACAGCUGAGAGUCCACUGGUACUUUGACAGCUUCAGAAGGGCAGGAUGGGCAGGCAGAGGAAGAGGGUGGUGACCGGUGAAGCUGCUCCCCCUCCGAGGAAAGAUGAGAAGCCCUCUGCAUUUCACCGCAAGGAGAAGAAAAAAAAAGUCGAUAUCGGCAAAAUCUUCAUCAACAUCUCUAUUGGCCUUUGCAUAUUCAGCCUGAUCUGGUUCUUUUAUGCCCUCUACAUGCGGUCCACCCUGGCCAAACGAGUGGUGACCCUGCACCCGUCACAUCCUGUUCUGGAUACCAAUUGCAGCAGUGCCAAAGUUUCCCCAGAGAGGUUCUGGGGUUCAUACAGACCUCAGGUCUACUUUGGCAUGAAAACCAGGAGUCCCAAGUCAAUGGUGACAGGUAUGAUGUGGAUGCGUCAGUUUUCCGACAUGGACGUGAACCUGAGGCACACUUGCGAGCAGGGAGAUCGUUUGCAAGGCUAUGGCUGGCUGAUGCACGAUGGGAUUAACUUUGGUGUCCAGGAAAUCCGAGACAUCGAUUUCACACUGACCACAGAGUUUGUCAAGAGAAUGGGAGGGGAUUAUGGAGGAGACUGGACCUGGAGGGUCACUGCCAAACAGCAUAGCUCUUCCCCUCAAGCACCAGUCAUCUCCCUGAUGUUCUACGCAGCAGCUGAUACACAGGGCUCACUGGAGGCUCACGUGGAAGAGAGAGACCGCCUUGCAUCCAUCACUGGUUUCUCAGAGGAGCUCGGCAACUUCAAGAUCACGUUCCGAAAGCCCGUUACUGGGGAAUUAUCCAGCGCUAAAUAUGCCAGUUAUAACUACCUUCAGACUGUCUCCCCUGGCUUGGAGAAGCUGACUGAUAUUGUGAAGAACAGUCUGAACCGCAGGUCUGUUUACAGCCCUCCAUCUGGUGAGAAGAGACAUUACAUUGCAGUGGACACCUAUAAGCCCCCACAUCAUCAAAACCAACAGAAACCCACCGACAUGAGGAAAGAGAGUGACUUUGUGGUUCACCAGGUCACCGUCCAGACUCCAUUUCAGAUUGAGGUUCUGUUUGAGUCAGCAAGCUUCCAUGCUCGUCCAAAUCAGCUGGUGGGCUCAGUCAUGACUCAGGAGCUGGAGAAGAGGAAAGCUGAGUUUGAUGCAAAGUUUGAGAACAUUUUUGGGCUUGAGAAUAAAGAUUUUAGCCAGGCACAUAUUAAAUUUGGCAAGGCAGCACUCAGCAACAUGUUAGGUGGAAUGGGCUAUUUCUACGGCCAGUCAGUGGUACAGUCAGUCUACAAUGAAUAUCCGCUCUUGUACCCUGAAGGCGCAUUAUUUACUGCUGUCCCAUCACGCUCUUUCUUUCCCAGAGGAUUCCUCUGGGAUGAGGGCUUUCACCAGUUGCUGCUGAGCAAGUGGGAUCCCCAAGUGACAAGAGAGGCUAUUGCUCACUGGAUAGACCUGAUGAAUAUUGAGGGCUGGAUCCCCCGUGAGCAGAUUCUUGGAGAUGAGGCUCGCAGUAAGGUCCCAGCUGAGUUUGUAGUUCAGCGAAAUGAGAAUGCCAACCCACCCACUCUCUUCUUAAGUCUUCAGGAACUCAUUGAACAGCUCUCUUCAAAUCCAGACAAGGCAGCGUCUCAACCUACCUUGCCUUUCCUCAGACGACUAUUCCCAAGACUGAAAACCUGGUUUGAAUGGUACAACACCACACAGUCAGGGCUCCUACCCAACUCUUACCGCUGGCGUGGACGUGACAAGGACACCAAUCUAUUCCUCAACCCCAAGACCUUGACAUCUGGGCUGGAUGACUACCCUCGAGCCUCACACCCAUCAGCAGAUGAGCGCCAUGUGGAUUUACACUGCUGGAUGGCAUUGUCCUCAGGCAUCAUGGCUCGUAUAGCUCAGCUUUUAGGUGAACCCCAUCAGGACUACCAACUCACCCAUCAAAUGCUCAGUGACAACAAUCUGCUGAACGAGCUCCACUGGUCAGAACAACUCCGCGCUUUCAGUGACUUUGGCAACCACACUCAGGCAGUAUCCUUGCAGCAGGAGAAGGUGUACGUACCCCCUGGACAACCUCGUCAUCAGUUCCCUGUUGCACGCCUUGUGCGUUCUGUCCGCAGGGCGCCCAAGCUACAAUAUGUCAAUGCUCUAGGUUAUGUUAGCUUGUUCCCCUUCUUGCUGCACAUCCUCGAACCAGACUCACCCAAACUAGAACAUAUUCUUCGAGAGAUUAGAGACUCCAAUAAGCUGUGGACCCCCUACGGCCUGCGUUCACUCUCAAAGGCUGAUCCCAUGUACAUGAAGCGAAACACAGAACAUGACGCACCCUACUGGAGGGGACCCAUAUGGAUUAACAUCAAUUACUUGGCAGUCAGAGCCCUCCACCACUACAGCACCACACAUGGGCCAUACCAAGAGAAGUCAACUGCUCUUUAUGAGGAACUCAGGACUAACAUUAUCAAUAAUGUUUAUAGACAGUAUGUUGAAACAGGGUAUAUCUGGGAACAGUACAAUGACGGCACUGGAAGGGGCCAAGGAAGCCACCCCUUCACUGGCUGGUCAGCUCUCACAGUAUUAAUGAUGGCUGAACAGUACUAAAACUAGAUUUCAUCCCAUGUUUUUUAUAUCGCAAGAUACCGGCCUUCAUUUGUAUCUGGAUGUGACAGAAAUGACAUAAUCAGGUCUUAAGAUACAGAAAAAUGACUUGUUUGGCUUAUGAAACUGAACUAAUUAUUGAAAAACUAACUUUCGAGAUUAAGCUGAAAAACAGGCAUUUAAAAUCACAAUUCCACAUUUAGCCACACCCUUUAAUUAAAAUGACAGGUUUCAUACUGGUACGUAUUCUCAGAAGAGCAAUGUUCAGCUACCCUCUCUUUGCUGUAUGUGGAGCCAAGCACUGUUAAGUGCCUCACUUUUAUGGUUAAGAUGCAUUUAGGAAACACUUAAAGAAAUCAUAUUCCUCACAAUUUAACACAUGAACUUCACUGCUUCCAUCGGCAGCCUCUCAUGGAAAAUCAAGACAGGUGUGUUUUUAAUGCAGGGAACUACCAGUCCAAGGGGGUCAUACUUUCACACUAGAUGUGUGAUGCCAUAUAUGAACAGUUACCAGAUUUGUUAAAUGUUGGAAAAUAAGUGCAUAAAUGAGCGAGUUUUGUCACUUGAGAAAUAAGGGCCAUUAUCUUUAAUUGUGCCAUUUUCUUUUUAAUCUGUCAUAUGUCCUCAAUUCUCUGUCUUAAUGAUUGGCCAUUUUGAUAUUUAAUUGUUUGAUCACAGUCUUUCCAAAAUGGUUAUUUUCAGUGUUGCUCAACAUCGAUAAAGUUGCUGCCUCUAAAAGCAGCAGUAUUUUGUAUACACAGCCUGUGAUUUCAUUGGCAGGGAUCAACAUUGACGGUGGCAUUGGUCUUGUUUUGUUAAAAACAAUAAAUGGUUUAAAUACA